ACGAAUUAUUCGUAACAAAAUCGAAAGCAAUUAUUACUAAAGAAUUUAAGUCCCCACCAAAAAAAAUUCAAAAUGAAACACCAUCUACUAAUAGAAUGACGAAUAAACUAAAAAAAAAACUUAAAAUGCAAUAUUUUAUGCGCAAAUUACAACAUUCCACACCAUUUUCAGUUGAAUUUCGAUCUAAGACUAGGCAUAAAAAUUCAUUACCGUCAAUGCCAAAAAAACCGUUACGAUCAAAUUCACUGCCUAAUGCUGCAUACGUACAAAAUCAUGAAGAAUCCAUCGAAAAGCAGGACACAUUUUGGAUUCCUAUGCUACCUAAUGAUGCAUACGCGCAAAAUCAUGAAGAACCUAUCAUAAACCAGGACGCAUUUUGGGUUCCUAUACUACCUAAUGAUGUAUACGUGCAAAAUAAUGAAUAUAUCGAAAGGCAGAUUAAUGGUUCGUUAUAUGCGUCCACCUCAGAAUACAUGCUAUUUUGUCGCGAUGCUAACACAAAUCAUAUCACUGAUGACUGGAUGUAUUGGCCUUGUUGCAGUUUCAAACGGACUUUUCAAAUU